GUCCCGUGGGGGCUCGCGCAAAACGCGACAGAUAACGUGCAGAGGAUCAAUAACGUAGUGUCGAUACUUCGGGAUCGACACUACGUUAUUACAGAUUCCACGUCUCGUUUUUGAAGAUCGACACCAGUUCACGGCUUUCUCUUCCACGGUGCAGCCAUUUUGUCAAAGACUAGAGCUGUGAGCAGGUUCGGCCUCUCCGCGGCUGUUGUCCUGUCGUGUGCGCCCCAGUCCCACGCAUGAAACCGGAGGCGAGUCAGGAUCUGUCAAAACCACUUUACUGACUGCUGAACCUGCUGAUCCACAACGGACUGAACUAAAACAGGCCAAAACAGGACUAAAAGAGACUAGCUGCUACCAGAGGAGUCAAGUCAAGUCAGUUUAAUUCAUAUAGUCAUCUAUUUACACCUGUUGGAUCUCAAGCCGAGCUUGAAGCUGGCUUUUGGUCUCAGUGGAUCUGCUUUUUAGUGGACCUGGUCUGGACUAAGGAUUCUCACCCUGUGGACCAGGACUGUCCUGGUCUGACUCGAACUGAGAUGCCGUUUCUGAACUGUAAAAUUUUGUCGACGAUCCUGAUGCUGACUCUGAUACUGGGAGUGCUGUACUGCUACAUCUUCCAGUCCUACAGAGUUGUUGUGUCCUUUGAGAAGACAGAGGAGACACCAGUAGGCAGCUCUUCUGGUAAAUCCCUCGUCAGGGGUCAUGACUUCAACCUGGUGGCCCCCAACCAUCUGCAGUACAAACAACCCAGCAUCAUCCAUGGUCGUACCGACGUGGUGACAGUGACGCCCUGGUUGGCUCCUGUGGUCUGGGAGGGGACUUUUAACCCGGUUCUCCUCGACAGCAUCUACAAACAGAAGAACAUCAGCAUCGCAGUCACCGUGUUUGCUGUGGGAAAGUAUAUCAUGUUCCUGAAAAACUUCUUGGAGACCGCGGAGCAGCACUUCUUCGUUGGUUUCAAGGUGCACGUGUACGUCUUCACCGACCGGCCGAAGGAGGUGCCCGAAGUCAAAAUGGCCGCCGGCAGAAAGCUGAUAGUGAGUUCCGUGCCCAGCUCCAACCGCUGGCAGGAGAUCUCAGCCCGCAGGAUGGAGCUGAUCCAGAUCCUGAUAGAGGAGAAGCUUCAGAACUACACCGACUACAUCUUCUGUCUGGACGUGGACUCCAAGUUCCAUGGCCGCUGGGGGACGGAGUCACUGGGCAGACUGGUCGCUGUGAUACAUCCAGGUUACUACAGAGACGACCGCAGCAAAUUCCCCUACGAACGGAGGCCCGCCUCCAGAGCCUAUGUGGCUCCUGGGGAGGGAGACUUCUACUACUGUGGAGGGGCGUUUGGAGGCCUCCUGCAGGAAGUACACAUGCUCGCCAAAACCUGUCGCUCCAACUUCGAGGCUGACGCCAGGGAAGGCAUCGAGGCGGCCUGGCAGGAAGAGAGUCACCUGAACAGUUACAUGUGGGUCAACAAGCCGAGUAAGGUUCUGUCACCUGAGUACCUGUGGCAAGACUUCAAAGCCAGAAACCCCGAAGUUCACAUCAUCAGGUUCUCUGGAGUCGUCAAGAACUACGCUGAGAUCCGACCCAACGUUUGAGAGAGCCGAACUGAUCCGAACUGCACCAGACAUAAAAGAGAACAGAUGAACCCAGUGGUGACAAAGCUUUUGAGAUGUCAGCAGCUGCACCAAAGAGACAUUUCCUGUCCAAAUGCCUUAAAAUGUUAAAUUUCAGCUGUUUGGGUCCGGUAAAGUGAAACAUCUCACCAAAGAGACAAAGAUCCGACAAAAAGAUUUGGAGUAUUUUUACUCAAAGGUGUAUCACUUGUGUGAGUCUUCAGGUGUCAAUGUUUGACCUGUGGCGCCACCCUCAGGUCUGUUUUGGAGGGUUGUCAGGCUGUUUAUGUUGUUUCAGGUUCUGUCACCUGUCAGACUUACAGGUGAAACUCGCCUGUAUCAGAGCUUCCAUUUAUUCACUGACUGAUGUUUGAAACUUGAAACUCACUGCUCUCCUUCUUCCUUUCAGGUAUGUGGAUUCAUUAAUGUAAUAAAACAAGAAAAUGUUUCCAUGAAAAUAA